CUUUGCGUUCAUUGUUUGAGAUUCCAUUCACAAGAAAGUAGAAAAAAUAUAUUUCAAUAAGAUCUAAGUAAAUUUGAUAACUACUAAAAUGAUUUACAUUGUGGAAAUUAGUUUGGUAAUCGUGGCUCAUCAAAUUUUAGUAUCAAAAAGUCUUUCUCUCAAGGAUGGAAACUCAUGGGCUGAUGAAUACCCAGCUUGUGGAGGUGAACAUCAAUCGCCAAUUGAUAUACCUUCUCAAAAUGUAAUUAAUAAAACAUAUGAUCCACCAUUUAUAGUUCACAAUGAAGAUGUGAUGCCACUAAGUAUGACAUUAAAUAACGUUGGAACAGGAUUGAAAUUAGAAUUUAGGUAUCCCACUAAAAAAACAGACUUCAUAACUGGUGGCCCUCUGACCCAUGGUUAUUAUGUUCUUGGAGAAAUUUCGUUCGUUUGGAAUCGAAAACAAUCAGCUGGAAGUGCUCAUACAGUUGAUGGAAAGAGCUAUGCAUUAGAAAUGUAUGCCGACUAUUACAGAAUAGUAUACGAAUCAAUUGACAAUGCUCAAAACUUUGAGGAUGGUAUUAUUACCAUUACUUCCUUUUGGGAAGAGUCUUCAUUUGAAGCUGGAACAGCAUUAUCUAAAAUAACUUCAAAGCUUUCGGAAGUGAUUGAACCAGGAUCUCAUGCAGACGUUGAACCUUUCAAGUUUAGCGAAUUAAGAAAGGAUCCCGGUCAUACAACUACCUACUUUGCCUAUAAUGGAUCCCAACUCAUUCCUCCAUGUGCACCUGUCACUUGGAUAAUUUCUGAUUACAUUUAUUCCAUAACUUCUGAUCAAUUGGGAGCUUUUCAAGCAAUAAAGUUUGAAAAUGAUGAUGAUGAUCAUAAUGCACGACCUGUUCAACCGUUAAAUGGUAGAGAGAUUUUUAAAUUCACCAAAGAAUUAGAAGAUUCAAGUCUAACAGAUUUUUAAGAUACAAUAAAAUAUUUUUUAAAAAUAAA